AGUGCCAAUCUCUCUCUCUAUAAAUCCUCAAGUUUUCUUCAAGAAACCAAAAAUGUCUGUAGCUACAGAGCCUCCAUCCAUGGAAAGACCCAUUUUAAAAACCAGGCCAAUACUUAUUCCGGCCGAAAACCGAACUAGGGUUCCGACUCCGACAAAGAAACAGAAGCCGAUCGGAAAACUUGUUUCCGAGACGCCUAGAUCCGUCGUAAGUACAAAUAGAUCAAUUGACAGUUCAUGUUCGUCGGAUUCUUCUUCCGACGUAUCUCCGACGAAGAAUUCGGACAAAAAUGGUUUCAAGUCGUCGGAAAAAGUUGCUCCGGUUGGAAUUGUAACCAACGGAUCGCCGUUGCCGUCGGUUCCGGUGUCAGUUGUAAGGCGGUGCGAUUGGAUAACGGCUAACUCAGACCCAUUGUAUGCUUCUUUUCACGACGAAGAAUGGGGAGUUGUCGUUAAAGACGAUAAGAAGUUGUUUGAGUUGUUUAUUCUAUCUCAAAUGUUAUCGGAGUUAACUUGGUUGGGCAUCCUCAGCCGAAGAGAAAAGUUCAGUAAGCUUUUUGAUGAGUUUAAUCCUCGCUCAAUUUCUAAGUUCACCGAUAAAGAUCUAAAGUUAUUUUGUUUGAAUGGAAAUCCAUUAAUUUCCGAGACAAAAUUACGAACAAUUGUAGAGAACGCGGUUCAUAUGAUUAAGAUUCAAGAAGAAUUUGGUUCCUUCAGCAACUAUUGUUGGAGUUUCGUGAAUCACAAGCCGAUACGAAAUGAAUUUCGGUAUGCUCGACAAGUUCCGGUUAAGACGGCUAAAGCAGAGAUGAUGAGCAAGAACAUGAUGAAAAGAGGAUUUCGAUGCGUGGGAGCGACAAUUGUGUACUCUUUCAUGCAAGCAGCGGGAUUAGUGAACGAUCACGUUACGUCGUGUUUCAGAUAUCAAGAAUUAUUACAAUCCCCAGUUGAGAUUGAAGGAUCCAAAAUUAAAGGCAAUGAUUUCCGAGGAUGAUGUCUAAUGAUUGAUGAACGAUCAUGUCAUAUCUUGUUUCAGAUAUUAAGAAUUAAUGCAAGAGUUGGGAUUGGAGUAUCCAAAAUAGAAGACAAUGAUUUCAAUGAUCAAAUUGUUACUCGAUAAGUUUUUUCUUUCUUUCUUUUUUACUAUGUUUGAUGGUGCUUGUAUUGUAGAACUAAUUUGUUCAUGUGUUCUUGUCAUUAGUAGUACUAUUCUAUUUAAUUAUUUAAUUGUAAUAGGGGUUGAGUGUUUUUCAUUGCAUAAGUAUUUAUUGUAUAAAAUGUUUUUAAAAUCUAUAUAUAAAUAUUUAAU